UUUUCCUCCUUUGCCACAGCUCUCCUCUUCUGGUUCUUCUUCUGCAUCCUGAUUUCGUUUCCAUUCAUUUCUGCCCUUUUCUGAAAACAGAAAGAAAAGGUUCGGUAAUCUUUGAAGCUUCUAUGCAUAGGUUUUAUUUCUGAAUCAAGAGAGAAACAAACUCAAAAAAACAGUCUUUCCGCAUUCUACUUCUGUUUACCAAUUUUCCUGCCAUUCUUGCCAAGAUUUCAAAAUAAACAAAACUUUUUUGCGCGUUCUUGUAGGUUAUAGAGUAAAGGACAUUGUUGUUUUUGCUACUCUUUGCUUUCACAACUUUAUUUCCGAUUGAACGUGAAUCACCCUUGUCUUGCUUGUUCUAUUUGAAUACACAAACAGAACUCAAAGAAGAAUUUCUCGUGCUCCUGUUUUCAUUUGUGUCCUCUUCUCUUUCUGUGUCAAAACCUUAUACUUCUUCUGAAACAAGUUCCGGAGAAGGGCUCUUCCACGAUAAAAGAAGAGACACAUACUGAUUCUUCGAACAAGUGCCAAAAAUGCCAAUUGAGGCGCCGGCGCUUGGUCCUUUGCUCGGAAAUACUGUCAGCACGGUCAUAAGUCCAUUCUACACGCUCUUCUCCACAAAUGCCACGUAUUGCUUCACCGCUCGCACAAACGUGAGGAAUCAUAGGACUGAAACUGAGACUUUGAAAGGCAACUUGCUUCGUAUCGAAGAGACAAUUACACAUGGCGAAAUGAAUGGCUUGAUACAAACAAAAGAGGCAGAGGAUUGGGUGCAAAGGGCGAAGCAAGCCAUAUCCGAAGAAGAGGCAAACCGCAAGUCUUUUUUUGAUCAGAGCUGUAGAAUCUUUGGGUGCUCCUGCUCCUUGAAUUGCUGGGGAAACUAUAAGAGCAGCAAGGAAGCAGCUGAGAAGGUGGAUGCUGUGAGAACAUAUAUCAGUAGCACGCCUCAACCCGAUAAUAUCACACGCGUACCACCUCCACCCCGUGUCAUAGAUUUGUCCACCCACUCUUCUCAACUUCCGCCAAGCAGAGAGGAUACUCUCAACAAUGCUCUCAGGUGCAUUGAGGCAGUGGGAGCCAUUGGAAUAUGGGGUCCAGAUAAAGAUGAGAAAACACAGCUUCUCAAGAAGAUGAACGAUUCAUUUCUUGGGGAAUGCCCCUUUGAUUUUGUCAUCUUUGUUACGGCCUCCAGUGAGCUCUCGGUACAAGCUCAAAUUGUAAGCAGGCUCCGUACAGACACGGUUCCUGAUUCGGCAACUCAAGCUACCAGGAUAUCUCAACUGCUCAGCAAAAAAAGUUUUCUGCUGCUGGCGGACGACCUUCGUGUGAAGCUAGACCUUCAAGCAGCUGGCAUUCCAUAUCCUCUUGGAGAUGUGCAAGUUGUGGACACUGUGCAAGUUUCUCGCUGGGUGCAGAGGAAAGUGGUAGUCACGUCAAUAUCACAAUCCAUAUGUCAUCUGAUGGAUGUAGAAAGGUACAUACAAGUGCCUGAUUUGGAAGAGCAUGAAGCAUGCCAUCUGUUUGCAAAAGAAUUUGGUGCGCAUGAUAUUUAUUCUGAUCCCGGCAUCGGGGCCCUUGCAGAGCAACUCGUAAGAGAACUAAAAGGCCUGCCAUCAGAUUUGAUACGUUAUGGGAAGGUAAUGCAAGGAAUAAGAGAUGAAAGGCGGUGGGAGGACGCAAUUGAUGCCGUAAGGAGAGCAAACCUUCAAAGGGGCGACGACCCAUUAAAUUUGACGGAAAAGAUUGUGAGAAAUCUCGAGAAUGCAACACAAGACCUGAAUGCCAAGGGGAAGGAUGUCCAUCGGGAGAUCGCGGAUGCUGAGCUACAACAUAAUAAAACACCAACGAAUGAGGCGAAAAGAUGGCUGCAAAAAGUGGAUAACAUCAUUCAUGAUGUACAAGUGAUGUCUCACGGUUGCAGGCAGUUGAAGAUGGAUGUUACUAUGCUGGCAUCUGAGAAGCUUCGCGAGGUUCAAGAAUGUCUCAGUACUUGUCCCAGUACUAUUGUUGUUGAGUCAAUGCCACCUCCUGUCCAAGAGAUGCCUGGUUCAUCUAUGUCAGCUGAGAACCUUAACCUUCAAGAUGCGCUCCACUUCAUUAAGGAUGAACCCACAGUGGGAAUGAUUGGAAUUUGGGGUCCAGGUGGAGUCGGCAAAACACAUCUUCUCAAAAACAUCAAUAAUUCAUUUGGAGAGGGCAUGGACUUCAAUUUUGUUCUCUUUGUCACUGCCUCUAGAGGGUGCUCAGUGGAAAAGGUCCAGUCGCAAAUCAUAGAAAGGUUCAAGCUGCCAAGUAGUGGUUCUAAAAGUCGUACCAUAUAUGAGUACAUGAAGACGAAAAGCUUUCUUGUACUAUUGGAUGACCUAUGGGAUGAAAUUGAUCUAGAAGAUGUUGGAAUACCAUAUCCCCUUGGAAGUGCCAACAAACUCAGUAGAAAAGUGGUGCUAACAACAAGAAUAAGAAAAGUUUGCGGCCAAAUGAAGGUGAAGAAAGAGUUAAAAGUCGCAUAUCUACAGGAGCAUGAGGCAUGGCAGCUAUUUGAAGAAAAUACUGAUUCCAAAACUCUUUCUAGUCCCCAUAUUGAAGAUCUUGCUAGGGAACUUGUGAAGGAACUGAAAGGCUUGCCAUUAGCUUUGAAAACUAUUGGAAAAGCAAUGUAUCAGAAAGAUGAAUAUCAAUGGGAAACUGCCAUCCAAUAUAUGAAACAAUCAUGCUGCACUGAGGACAAAGACCCAAUAGAACUGGGUAUGGAAACUAAUGUUUUUAGGCAGCUAAAGUUUAGUUAUGACAAAUUAAGAAAUGACACAUUAAGAGAUUGCUUUUUGACUUGUGUACUAUGGCCAGAGGAUGCGAAGAUUCGCAAAGUUGACCUUGCUCAAUGUUGGAUGGGCUCAGGUCUAGUGAAUGAGCAUGACAUAGAAUAUUCCUUCAGGAAAUCAUAUAGUUUGAUAGCUGACCUUACAGCUGCAUGUUUGCUAGAGAGCAGCGAUGUUCGCCCAGGAUCUUCCUUUGAAAAUUCACAUGGUUCUGUUAAAGUGCAUGAUGUGAUUCGUGAUAUGGCUUUAUGGAUUUCUUGUGACUGUGGUGAGAAGAAUGACAAAUGGAUUGUGGCGGCACCAGGUGACAGAGACAAAAAAGUUAUUAUCCUUUCGAACAAAGCUGAGUGCAUCUCCUUGAGUUUCGACAGAAUUCCUAUCAGGUUUAAUCUUGAUCCAUUAAAGCUGAGGAUCUUGUGCCUUCGGAACAACGGAUUGGAUGAAAGCAUUAUUGAAGCAAUUAAGAAUUGCACUUCACUGACAUAUCUGGAUUUGAGCGGAAACAACCUCAAGAGGAUACCGGAAGAAUUAUGUUCCUUGGUAAACCUGGAAUACCUUGAUUUGUCAGAAAAUGUAUUUGGGGAAACUGGAGUGCCUCGAUCCUUUGGAGAUCUUAUCAACCUCAAGUUCUUGUACCUAAAGUCUGGUGGUGGUUACGUGAGAAUACCAGCUGGGGUCAUUUCUAGACUUAAAGCAUUGCAGGUAAUAGACUUGAGGAGUCUCUUAAGAGAAUGUACCCUAUUCCUAUUCCGAGAGUUGGGCACCCUACCUCAGUUGAAAGCGCUUGGUAUUCUGGUAAGAGAUUUAGCUCAGUUUGAGUCACUAGGAGAAGCGGCAAACCUCCCUGUUAGAUAUUUGGCUCUAAAUGACGUAAGUGCACUCACUCGUAUUUUAUCAACCGACUUUGCACAAAGGACCUUGUAUGAACUGGAUAUCAAUGAAGAAAGAUAUUUUCUUGAACAAGAUAUCAAUGAAGAAAUCGACACUCGAGAAAUAACAGUAGAACAUGACACAGAACAACCAAGCAAUCGUUUUGGUGCUCUCACCAACAUCCGAUUAACUAUGACGAGAUCCUUGAGAGAGAUAAGAGCAACUCCAUCAUUUAUAUUCCCAAGACUCGCUUAUUUGGAAUUGUUUAUGUGCCAACAUCUAUCGCACCUCUCUUGGGUUAUGCAUCUGCCUCGCCUUGAACAACUUCAUAUAGUUUCCUGUGACGGCAUGGUGCAAGCAUUUAUGAGAUGCCAUGGUGACAGAUUGUGCAACGGACAGGACAAGACAAAAACAUUUCCUCGCCUCAAGCUUCUCUUUCUUAUUUAUAACGAAUCGUUGGAAACUAUUGGGGACAAUGGUAUGGAAUUCCCAUCCCUAGAGCGACUUGAGCUUGAAGGUAGUCUGGCAUUGAAGAGGCUUCCUUUCCGGUCGGACAGUUUGCCACCAAAGCUGAAGGAGCUACGGUUUGAUGAUGCUAGAUGCUGGGAGAGACUAGAAUGCGAAGAAGGUGUCAAAACUAUCCUGGAACCCUAUAUUAAAUUUGGCAGACGACAUCAGGGUUAAAAAUUUCAACGAAGCUGAUUUGUACGAUUAGUAGUUAGUCCAUUACAUGAUGUGGUAGAUGUUGCUUUCUCCUGGCCUGGACACUCAUGGUGUCAAGUUAAGACACAACUAGCAAAGAAUUGUAGUACGUAGGAAAUAUUCAAGAGAAAUUAUUGCAGCUGAAUUUGUGUAGCUUGCAAUUUUAUUUUUUUUUGAAAUUUGUGUAGCUUGCAAAUGAUUCAGGGAACAUUGGAGAGGAUCAGAUUCAGAUAAGGAAUGGAACUGUGUUGCUAGCUAGCUCUCUUGCGCUCCACGGAACAGAAAUGUCAAGCCCAAUUGUCACCUGGAAAGGGCGAGAUUGCUUGGAAAUUCAAAUGACAUCAGCAGCACCUACUCCCAAGUGAAAAUAAGCUGGAUGUUGGUCAUGUAGAGGUUGAUGCAGUUGCCAUCGCCGCCCUACCGCAGUAGCUCCUUUGCCACAACCCACCUCAACGACCCACAUGCUGCUGCACAACAAGCAACAUAUAUGUUCAGGGAGAAAUCAGGAGUCCAUCACGAUUGACCUCAAGAAUGGAGGAAGAGGCAGGGGAGCAUCCAGUGGGGAUUC